UAAUACAAAAAGUUCCUGCACAGCUCUGUGCAGUGGGAGGCGGAUUUACUAAUGUUGAUAAGAGUCCUGGCAAGGAGCCAUAAUGCAUUGCAAAGUCUAAGCAGCCUGUCUCCUCCGAAACUAGAGGAAAUCGGAAAAUAUUCCAGCGGAAGACAUCUAGGAGUAGAGGGAGCGAAGCCCAUCCAGGCUACGAGAAAUGUGCUGAGGGCAGUGCGUCGAGGAAGGAGCCUUGGUGGUGUUUCCUAGCUGGAGGAGCAGCAGAAUGAGGAAGAACUUGAAGGGCAUUGCAUCAGGACCCGCACUGAUCCUUUUCUGCCUCAGCAUCGACUUGCAGAUUUUGCCCUGAUAGCUGCAGCACUUUUGUUGGCUAAUGCUGGUAUUCCGCUGAUGUGGACGGCUUGCUUUUGCCAGGUUCCCUGCUCCCGAUAUGGUCAAGGCGACUUCUUCCUGAUCUGAGAACCUAUUUAAGGGCGCAAGUGGAGAAGGAGACGUCUGACUUUUGGCUGGACAACUCGCUUUUCAAAAUUUAAGGUAACAGUUUGGGAAUACAUCAUCUGCUGCUGCAAUGUUACGGCCAGGUGCAUCCACUCUGUGUUCUGCUGGUCUUCCCCUUGUACUUUCUACAGCUGUGUUACUGUGCCAUUUACAUCAAACCUAUGCUGAGGAUAUAGAAGAGAAUAAAAAAAUAGAAAAUACAUCUGUAGAUAAAUGUGUUGGCACAUAUGAAUGCAAAGAAGGUGUGAUCCUUCCAAUCUGGAAACCCCAGGAUCCGGCAUUUGGUGAUAAGAUUGCAAGAGCUACUGUCUAUUUUGUUGCUAUGGCCUACAUGUUUCUGGGAGUGUCUAUCAUUGCUGACCGUUUUAUGUCCUCUAUAGAAGUCAUCACCUCUCAAGAGCGAGAGAUAACUAUCAAAAAGCCUACCGGUGAAACAACAAAGACAACAGUAAGGGUUUGGAAUGAAACUGUGUCCAAUUUAACCUUGAUGGCACUAGGUUCAUCAGCACCUGAGAUUCUCCUGUCUGUCAUUGAAGUCUGUGGCCACGGCUUUAAUGCAGGGGAUCUAGGACCAAGUACUAUUGUGGGUAGUGCUGCCUUUAACAUGUUUGUUAUCAUUGCGCUCUGUGUUUAUGUAGUUCCUGAUGGAGAAAUAAGGAGGAUUAAGCAUUUGCGAGUGUUCUUUGUCACAGCAGCGUGGAGCAUUUUUGCUUAUACCUGGCUUUACCUGAUUUUGGCUGUUAUUUCCCCAAGUGUUGUUGAGGUCUGGGAAGGACUUCUGACAUUCUUUUUCUUUCCAAUCUGUGUGGUCUUUGCUUGGAUUGCAGACAGAAGACUUUUGUUUUACAAAUAUGUGUAUAAGAAGUACCGAGCAGGCAAGCAGAGGGGGAUGAUAAUUGAAACCGAGGGUGACAGACCUUCCUCAAAGGCAGAAAUUGAGAUGGAUGGCAAAAUGCUCAAUUCUCAUGCUGAAAAUUUCCUUGAUGGGGCUAUCAUUUUAGAAGUAGAUGAAAAAGAGAAAGACCAGGAUGAAGAAGAGUCUAGAAGAGAAAUGGCCAGAAUUCUCAAGGAGCUAAAGCAGAAACAUCCUGACAAAGAAAUUGAACAACUAAUUGAACUUGCCAACUACCAGGUCUUAAGCCAGCAGCAAAAGAGCCGUGCCUUUUAUCGGAUUCAAGCCACACGUUUAAUGACCGGAGCAGGAAACAUUUUAAAACGACAUGCGGCAGAUCAAGCAAGAAAAGCUGUCAGUAUGCAGGAGGUUAGAAGUGAUGUUGAGGACAAUGAUCCUGUCAGUAAGAUCUGUUUUGAACAAGCCACGUACCAGUGCCUUGAGAACUGUGGAACUGUGGCACUUACUGUUGUCCGUCGGGGAGGUGAUUUAACUAAUACUGUAUCUAUUGAUUUCCGAACAGAAGAUGGCACUGCCAAUGCUGGAUCCGAUUACGAGUUCACUGAAGGAACCUUGGUUUUUAAGCCAGGUGAAACCCAAAAAGAAAUUAAGGUAGGAAUCAUAGAUGAUGAUAUAUUUGAAGAAGAUGAGAACUUUCUGGUUCACCUCAGCAACUUAAGAGUCAAUAAUACUGAAGUAGCAGGUGAAAGCAGCCUUGAGGCAAACCAUGUGUCUACUCUAGCAUGUCUGGUAGAACCUUCUACUGCAACAGUCACCAUUUUUGAUGAUGACCAUGCUGGUAUUUUCACAUUUGAAGAACCAGUAGAACAUGUGAGUGAAAGUAUAGGAGUCAUGGAAGUGAAAGUUCUGCGGACAUCUGGUGCUCGGGGUACAGUCUUGGUGCCAUACAAAACAAUGGAAGGUACUGCCAAGGGAGGAGGAGAAGAUUUUGAGGACACAUGUGGAGAGCUGGAAUUCCAGAAUGAUGAGAUUGUCAAAACGAUAAAGAUCACAAUAAUUGAUGAUGAGGAAUAUGAAAAAAACAAGACCUUCUUCAUUGAGCUUGGCGAACCUCAGCUGGUGGAGAUGAGUGAAAAGAAAGCUCAGUUAUUGAAUGAGUUUGGUGACUUCACAAUAACAGGGAAAAUAAUGUAUGGCCAACUUGUCUUGAGGAAGGUUAUUUCCAGAGACCGACCAAUCCUUUCAUCAAUAUUCCGCAUUGGAGAUGACUGUGAUGAAAAACAACCUCUGACCAGCAAAGAGGAGGAAGAGAGACGCAUUGCAGAAAUGGGACGGCCAGUUCUUGGAGAACACACAAAACUUGAAGUUAUUAUUGAAGAAUCCUAUGAGUUUAAGAAUACAGUAGACAAGCUGAUCAAGAAAACAAACCUUGCUCUAGUUGUUGGGACAAACAGUUGGAGGGAGCAGUUUAUCGAAGCCAUCACAGUCAGUGCUGGUGAAGAUGAUGAAGAUGAAGAAUGUGGAGAUGAGAAACUACCUUCUUGCUUUGACUAUGUGAUGCACUUCCUGACUGUCUUUUGGAAAGUCUUCUUUGCUUUCGUUCCUCCUACUGAAUACUGGAAUGGCUGGGCUUGCUUCAUCGUUUCUAUUAUUAUGAUUGGACUCUUGACUGCCGUUAUUGGAGACUUGGCCUCUCACUUUGGUUGCACCAUUGGUCUAAAAGAUUCAGUGACAGCAGUAGUGUUUGUUGCCUUAGGGACUUCUGUGCCAGAUACAUUUGCUAGCAAAGUAGCCGCAAUUCAAGAUCAGUAUGCUGAUGCAUCUAUAGGAAAUGUUACUGGCAGCAACGCUGUCAAUGUCUUCCUGGGUAUCGGUGUGGCCUGGUCCAUUGCUGCGAUCUACAAAGCUGCUCAUGGAGAAGUUUUUCACGUCGAUCCUGGCACACUAGCUUUCUCUGUCACCCUGUUUACCAUUUUUGCUUUCAUAAACGUUGGAGUGUUACUUUACAGAAGAAGGCCAGAGAUCGGAGGCGAGUUAGGAGGACCACGGACUGCCAAGCUUUUAACUUCAGGUCUCUUUUCCCUGCUAUGGCUCCUGUACAUUCUCUUCUCAUCUCUGGAGGCCUACUGCCACAUAAAGGGCUUCUAAAAAACUACAAUACAGAUAAAUAAAUAUAUAAAUAUUGUAUAAGAACAUUGAAAAACAAGUGGACAUGUACUAUUUUUACUUACCUGCUAAUGGAAUGCAGCUAUGGGGGGGCAUUCCUUUUCCAAGGUAUGAAUAAGAAUUCACAGAGAUUUCACCCAAUGAAGAGCAUCUUUUGUUGAACAAGGCAUGAAUGCAGGACUGCUUUGCAGUGGCACCUGCAGAUAUAUAGUAUAGUUGUAAACUUUAUAAGAGUUUGGUAUUUUUUAAGGCAUAAAAAAGAAACACUACGCUGGGGUGGGGCUAUAAAUAAAAUUGCUGCUGGAUGCAAUGUGAAGUGAACACUGAAAACAGUCAUCCACAACUAAAAGAAUUGCAUAAAUUUAGAAUGUAAACACAGUGUGGCUAGUUAUAAGUCACUCUCUAUAAUUUUUUUAAAGAAACACUUGCACUAGAAAGUACAUGGAAUGCUGAAAUUUGAUUAGUGGACGGACAUUCAUAACCUGAGCAUGUCGGUUCACUUUAAUGCUAUAAUGCCUGUGUAAUUAUUAGACUUAGUGCAUUUGUUUGUUCUGCAACAUAUGAACAAAACAAUUUGACCUGACAUUUCCCAUUUUUUAUAAUGUGUUUCCAGGAUAUGUACCCUCCAUAUUCUCAGUAUGCCAUGCUCAGUUGUGUGUACCUUCUUAUCACACAUUUGUCUGUUCUUACACUGCCUGUCCUUUGAAAGUUGUUCUGUAGAUUAUUAACUCAGCUUUCAGCCCAAACCCUGAGCAUCAGUUGUGCAGUAUUUCUCUAUGUUUGCUAAUGCACCAUGUUCUCUCAAAGGAACACUGUUGUGGUACUUGUAGCACUGGUCUGAAUGAAUGUGACCAUGUUUGUCGCUUUUAAUAAGGAUACAUCUGUUCAGCAGUGUGCGUUCAAUAUCAAGAGUUGUGAAUAUGUUUUCCAGCUGACUUUUUCAGUGUUUGAUAUCAAAGGGAAAAACUGAACUUUUUUCAGAACACAACUGAUUGUUUUAUAAAAAAAAAACACGUUAACUGUCUAUAUAAAAAAGGACUUUGUAAGCAAGAUAAUAUAAAAAAACUUAUUGCCAUAUAAAACAUUAUGGAAUGUAAUAAGUGUGAGUGACUAUCAGUGUGAACAUAACCACAAAGAUUAGUAAUGAAGUCUAUUCUUUAAGAAUUCUGCUUCAGAAUGAAAAUGUGUAAGUAUAGAUACAGUGGUCAUUUAAAAUGAACUUAAGCUUCAGGAGAUAUAAACUUCCAUAAUGGUUCAAAAUGUAAAUGUUUUUAUCCACAGCAAAAAGGAAUAUUGCCAUAUGAACUUUUAUUGUGAUGCAGAAUCAGAGAGUUCUGUUUUCUCACAAAUACAUGUUCAGCAUAUGCAGAUCACAAGCAUCUGCUGGGUUUGUUCUAUAUAGAGAAUACUUUUUGUCAUUUGUUUUCUUAAAAAACACAUUUCACUGUAUUUAAAUAGUAUUUAUGUGUUGUUUGAAGUAUUAUUUUGUUUUAUUACUUUUUUGGCAUUUGUUUUUCUGUUUUUCCUUGAGGGCAUAUUUAAAAAUUUGUUUCAGUCCAAGGUAUAUAAAAGUGAUCUAAAUCCUGAACAAAACCAGGGUUUAUUUGGUUUAUUUUGUAAUAGGAGGAAACACUCAUGUUGGUUUUCAGCUUGUUGCCAGAAAAGAGAGGCUGUUGUUAAAAAUUAUCCAUAAUGAACCAAAAUAUGUAACUCAUUGUAUUCUUAUGUGUGUGAACAGAAUAAUUUUCCACAGUAUCAUGCAAAUUCCAUUAUCAAGUGGUAUUAUCUGAGUUAAAUGUUGUCAUCAGAACAGGCAGUCGGGACAUUAACCUAUUAAGUACUUUGAUAUACAGUACCUCAAAAUUAUGUCCCACUUCAAACUGCAAUAUUAUAUUAGUAUUGGGAUGAAACUCAAGUUCUUAAUGUGAACAUAAAACCCACAUUCUGCCAGCCUUCAGGUUCCUGAAUGGUAUAGUGCAGCUUGAAAAAGCAAGAUGAUAUAUAUCUUCAUUGACAUUCACAAUUAAACAUGCAUUUCUCAAA